GGCUGCGCUGUGUAGACCGGGGCCUGGCAGGCUGCCGCUGGGUGUUCCCUCCCCUCCUCCUCCCUGCACCAACAGCUAAACCCCCUCCCACCACAGCUGAGGAGACACACCGCCGCCCUCCCCCACCUCACACAUCAGCAGCAGCUCUGUCCUCCACACACCGGACGGGGGGACGGUGAGGAGACGAGCCCGGGGCAGGGGAUGACAGCGGACAGCCCGAGGACCUGACGCCGCCGCCGUGUCCGAGAGGAGCUGAGGAAGAUUUGGCUCUGUUCCUGCGGUCGUCAGAGUGAUGAGUGGGUCCCACACAGCUGUUGCUCCGUUGACCCCUUGCAUGGAGGGAUUGCCUCCUCUGCCAAAGAGCCUUAGUGGUCUGCUAAACUCAAGUGGAGGGUCAGGCUGGCGAGACCUGGAGAGAGUCUACGCGCAGAAGUCUCGCAUUCAAGAUGACCUAAGCCGGGGAGGGUCAAGUGGCGGCUCUCAAGGUCACCCAAAGCCGCCAAACUUAGACGCAGCUCUGGCUUUACUUAGGAAAGAAAUGGUUGGGCUAAGACAGCUUGACAUGUCUCUCCUCUGUCAGUUGUAUUCACUCUAUGAAUCCAUCCAGGAAUAUAAAGGUGCUUGCCAGGCUGCCUCCAGUGCAGAAUGCACGUACGCCAUGGAAAAUGGAUUUUUUGAUGAAGAGGACGAGUAUUAUCAAGAAGCUGGUGCCCUCCAUAAAGGUGCCAGGGAAGACUCUGAAGGAAACCUCACUCUCUCAGUACCUCGUCUUUCUAACGAUGACUGGAUAUUGGAGAAUAUUUAAUUUGCCAUGCAUCAGGAAGGCAUCUCCUGAAUUUUUCCAAGCAUGCUUCCCAGGAGUUUUUUUUCUCUUGGGAAGUGUUUUCUUAUCAUUUAAACAUUUUCUGUUACAUUUAUAAGGACUGUUCUGUUCCGGCCCACCAUUGCUGGUGGUGAAAAUGCUGUAAGCAAUGUGGAACAUUGUCCAAGUGCCUUUAACAUCCAAAAGCACUUCUAAGAGAGGAAAUAAUUUUUAUAAAAGCAUAUGCUAUGAGUAGCGCUGGAGACUACAUAGUAAUAGGACAUGAAUUAUACAGGCUUCCAUCAUCUGCCUUAAAUCAUUCAUUGACAAAUGACUUCUACUAUCAGUUUUACAGGAAGCGUCGAGGAGAAGUUCCUGCAUUUCUGAGAAUGAGUGGUGAGCUCAUCUUUGAAUGUCUGAAUGUGCCUCAGACAGACUAAAAGGAAUUCACAACUAACUUUCCUCACAUGGGUUUAAUUGACGGGCUUGGUUCAUUUUUAAUUUGUCACAGGAUACACUCAAUUUCUGAAGGAGCUUUUGCGUGUGUAGAAUUUGUAGCAAUAACCAGUCAGUGGAGACAGUCAGUAGGUCGUGGCCUUGAAUGGGUUGUCCGGCCUGUAAAAUGUAUUUGAAAGCUGACCUAAAAAAGUUUUCCUUGCCUCUCAGAUUCCCUGCUGCUCCUUGGCUGAUGAUUUCCAGCUAAUCUCUACAUCUUGGUUCCUCUCAACACCCAGGAUGUGACUGCUCAGCGAGUCGCUAGCUGAUGUGGAUCAUUGCUGUGGCCAGUGAUUGGAGGAGCAGAGUUUUUCUGUGUGUUGAGAGGUAUCAAGAAUGAGGAACCUGGGGAGUGUCCAAGGAUUUUUUAUUUUUUUAAAAUAUUUUACUGGUCUGACAACCUUUCUAAUCCAUGUAGAUAGAAUGCACCAUGAGACCUCGUUCACAUUUCCGUGUCCAUUUGACGUCCAUGGAAAAUCCAUCUGUGAAGAUGUCCGUGAAGGAUUUGUGUUUGGUACGUGUGUCAUCCAUUUUGCACGGCAUCUUCUAGGCUGAAAAUUAAUUUCCAGAGCAUCUCCCACUAAUGGUCUGUAGGAACACAGAUGCUAUCCAUGUUGUCUGUGUUUUUUUUUCACGGACCCAUACACUUCAUGGGCUGUGUUUGGUCUGCAUCAGAGAUGCAUUAAAAUCAAUGG